AUGUCUAAUAACGCAGAUAUUACAGUUGCUAACACUGAUGUUGUUACCAAAUAUAAGACUGCAGGUGACAUUGCUAACCGUGUUUUAGCUGAAGUGAGAAAGGCUGCCAAAGAUCAAUCUACUACUUGGGAUCUUUGUAACUUAGGUGAUAAACUCUUAGAAGAAGAAUUAUCUAAGAUUUAUAAUUCAAAAAAGACUUCGAAGAUCAGCAAAGGUAUUGCUUUCCCAACAUGUAUCAAUCCUAAUAACAUUCCUGCCCAUUUAUCUCCAGUUAAUCAGGAAGAUGAGGCCAAUAUUACCUUACAAAAUGGUGAUGUUGUUAACGUUAUGUUGGGUGCUCAAAUUGAUGGUUACCCAUCUAUAAUUGGUGAAACUUUCAUCAUUGGUGAAGAAGUCACAAGUGGUAGAAAGGCUGAUUUGAUCACUUCUGCAUGGUAUGCUUCAGAAGCAGCUUUAAGAACUUUUAAACCUGGUAACAGAAAUUGGGACGUUACCAACAUUGUUGAUAAAGUUGCCAAAUUUUACGAAACUACCGCUUUAGAAAGUAUGUUAACCCAUAAUCAGGAAAAAAAUGUCUUGUACGGUCCAAAAGAAAUCAUUUUAAAUCCAACUAAAGAAAAUAAAAAUCAAAUGGAUACUUUUAGAUUUGAAGAAAAUGAAGUUUAUGGUUUAGAUAUCUUGAUUUCUACUUCUGAAGAAGGAAAAGUGAAAAAGGCUAACUUCAACACUUCUCUAUUCAAACUUACCGGUAAUAAUUAUGCUUUAAAAUUAAAAUCUUCUCAUCAAGUUUUAGGUGAAUUUAAAUCAAAAUCCUCUGGUCUUUUCCCAAUGAAUAUUAAAAAAUGUGAUGAACCAAGAAAAGCUCGUGUUGGUUUGAUCGAAUGUGUUAACCACCAAGUCAUCCUUCCUUACGAUGUCAUGGCUGACAAACAAGGUGAAUACGUUGCUCAAUUCUUUACUACUUUCGCUAUAACUAAAAAUGGUGUUCUUAAAUUCACCGAUCCUUCUUUCAAUCAAGAUUUAUAUAAAACUGAAAAAUCUAUCAAGGAUGAAGAAAUUAACACCUUACUUACUCAACCUUUGAAAGCUGAAUCUAAUGCUGCUAAAAAGAAGAAGGCUAAGAAAGCUGCUGCUGCUGCUGAAGCUGGUUCUGCUAAUUAA